ACAGAUUAGUGUGAUUCUUGAUCUCACGCGCUUUCAUCAUCUUCCUUCUUCUUGUGCCUAGAUUCGCUCGCUCCACUGUCUUAAAUUUUCUCACUAUCUUCAUUUCCUUCCUUCUCACUCCAAAAAUCCCAUUAGUUGUCUCUCUCUCUCUCUAGUAUUCGAAAAAUGGCGAAACUGGUGAUGUUGUUGGUUCUUUGCAUCUUGCCGGCGAUUGCCGUGGCCGCAAGGAGGGGAAGUAUUGGUAAGAAUACAAUGGUGGUUGAAGGUCGCACUUACUGUGACACUUGCAAAUUCGGCUUCGAGACUCCUGAAUCUUCCUACUUCAUCCCCGGUGCAACUGUGAAGCUUGUGUGCAAACACAGACAGACAAUGGAAGAGGUUUACUCAGACGUGGCUGUAUCAGACAAAAAAGGAAACUACAAGUUCGUUGUCCACGACGAUCACAAGGACGAGAUGUGUGACGUUAUGCUUGUGAAAAGCUCUGACAAAAGCUGCGCUAAAAUCUCCGUCGGACGCGAACAGUCUCGUGUGAUCUUGAACCAUUACAGUGGCAUUGCCUCGCAGAUCAGACAUGCCAACAACAUGGGAUUCGAGAAAGACGUGAGCGAUAUCUUCUGCUCUGCACUGUUUCAGAAGUACAUGGUUGAUGCAGACGAGGAUGAUAUUAAAAGCCAUCUCUAAAUCAUCUCUCUAUCUCUUUAAUCUUAUGAUUUGCUGUUCUUUUUUUAUCAUUUAACGAAUGAGUUUCGGGUUAUGAAGGAGCGAUAUAUAUUUGUAUUUGUUUGAUUACUUGUAUUUCUCUUAGAUGAUGUGAUGAUGAUGACUCUGGUGAUCGGAAACUCUGUUUGUGUAAGCUUCUCCUUAUAUAUUGAUGCGUCAUUUCCUUCCUUA